UUGUUGGAAUUCAGUUAAUGGCAGCUCAACAAUUUCUAAGCACAAUGUACCGCCAUUUGUAGCGAUUCCUUCCGGACGAUACGACGGAAACAAUUUUUCCAAACUCGGCAAUGUUCAACCGUCAGUGGCUAAACCAAUCGUGAUGACCAGACCGGAUCGAACAGGUUAUGGUGGAAUAUUAUUAAACAACGAAUUUGGAAAAAAAGUUACAAUAAAAACCAAACUCAACGCCAAAAAAUCAAUGGCAGAAUUUGAUGAAAACGACGAAAAUGUGAUUAUUGACAACCACGAUGUGAGUAUUCACUCUAUGACGUUUUAUUAUACAGUUUAUGAUAUUCUGAAAAGUCAUUUAUUCGAUUGUUUACGGAUAGCAAAUACCGGCCGUACACCUUACACAUUAUAUCAAAUAGUUGACUUCAUAUCGAUUGACCAGAAUUUAUUAAACAAUUCCAUUGGUCUGUUGCGCCAACAAAGUAAAAUCGACAUUACAUCGUUGAUGAGGUUGUAUUUAUAUUUUUGCGGUCCGAUCCAAUUACCAGACUGUUCGAAGAAUGGUGUAAUGUAUCGCGAGUACAGCAAACAAAUAGUUUACAUACAAAAGGACAUGAAAGAAAAAUUCAAAGAUAUCAUAGGCAAUGAAGUCACUUCGAAAAAGUUGCACAUUAAUCGUUUGCAAAAAUUAAAGAAAAAAACGGAACGUAGACUUCUGGUCCUAGCCAAAACCGCUAUUCUCAAAAUUAAGAUAAACAGUCCAUUGUUGCCAGGCACUCCACUACAUUUUGUAUGCAUUGACUUGUUGAAAUGGACGGCGUUGAUGGAAUCCGAAAACGAAGAUGCCGUGAAAAUCCAACAAAUGAAAAUAACGGUUGACAAGUCCGAAAUUACAAUGCUGCAUUACGCCGAGAGAUAUAGAUACGAAAUAGACAUCGGCAAUCUUGAUCCGCUUAACUACGAGGUGUUAUUGCGUAUUAACAAUACGUUGUUGCAUUACGUAUAUAAGUAUUUUGCAUUAUUGACUGCAUUAAUCAAUACGAAUAUAUCAAAAUCAAAGCCGAUUAACACGUUUCCAAUAUCAUUGGUGACAGAACAAACUAAAGGCCUUCGGGCAAUCUUGGAAAUUCUUAAUCAAUUUUUCGUCCCCCGUUAUUUGUACUACGUGAAACGACUGACAGCACAAACAAAGCUAUCGGCUUUGAUAAGUUAUAUGGAUUGGUUCAGUGCAGACACAGAAGAUACAGUAAGAGAAAUGGAACUAAGUCCUGAAAAAACAGUAAACGAUAUAAAUGAGUUAAUAACUGAAUUUGCUAUGGCCCUCUUGAUAGACCUUAAGGUGGACGAUCCACAAGAAUGGAUUGAUGGCGUCAACAAAGAAGUUGUAGGAACCUCAGCCAACAUCAGUGAAGCCAUGGAUGAAAACAAAAAAAAAGCAUUUGCAAUUAUCGCGUUAUGCGUCAAACACUUAAAUCCCGAUUGGCCAAAUAUAAAGUAUCGGGACCCAAAUGAAUUCUUAACUGCUACUAAACUUGCUCAUCAAAUUCUUCAUACUGAUCAGUAUGACUAUGUAUUUUAUAACUAUAUAAUAUAAAUGAUUAUACAUAUUUAAAUUAAUCGACAAUUAUUCAUUUAAUAAUUAUAUUUGCAUAAACAUAAUAUCAAAACUAACAUGUA